AGCAUGUCAACUUGUUUACCAAUAUUUCAAAACCAACACUAUCAUGAUCAGAGCUUUCUUCGCCGCCGGGAUCUUGUUAAUGGGACAUGAUACAUUGGGUCUCUCCGGUCAUGUUUGCAAACGAGAGAGAGCGGAAACGUAUAUGACGUCAUAUAACCAGGCCUUCCUUUGUCAGGAAAGGUACACAACAAGCUGUGGACACCUGGACUGGAGAAGGUGCACGCGCUACAGGGUACAGACGUGCUACACCCCCCGAGAGAGGUACGCUGUGAGGUAUCACGUGGUCGAGACCUGCUGCCCCGGAUGGAGUGAUGAUGGUACUGGGGCGUGCAAUAUAGCCUACUGUGGAUCUCCCUGUAAGAAUGAGGGCACCUGCUCCGCUGUCGAGGGAACGCCCACCUGUGUCUGUCAGGAUGGUUACCAUGGCGACCACUGUCAACAUGAGAGGAACUAUUGGGACGUCUGGCAGACAGUUGUCGCCAUUCUCUGUGGAAUACUUGUUGUCAUGGUAACAGCAAUCACAGUAUAUGUCUACCGACGGAAUAGAAAAACAAAGAGGACCAGAAUCACUCCCGUCCUACGGUCGCAAGGACACACAGCCGGAGUUAUCUCCCCCACAGGAGUUCCGGCCGGAGUUAUCUCCCCCACAGGAGUCCCAGCCGGAGUUAUCUCCCCCACAGGAGUCCCAGCCGGAGUUAUCUCCCCCACUGGAGUCCCGGUCGGAGUUAUCUCCCCCACAGGAGUCCCGGUUCAAGCUCCUGACCUACCACACCUCCCUAGUCACGUGAUGCGGACUGCCACCGGGCGUGCCUUUCCCCACCCCUGGGGACCCCAAGUGGUACUCCCCUCUGCUCCGAUGGACUGUUCAGAGACAUGAAAGCUGGAACCGAGUCCAGCAUUACUGAAAAAGUUACAAUAUUACUAAUGCAUAUACGUGUUUACCAUUUAUUAAUCCAUGUGCAUUUUUACUUUAUUGUUUUUACGUUUUAUUUAAGCAUUUGUACUUCUAUAUAAAUAGUUUUCUGUUUCUCCAUCAUAUGCGUGUGUUUGAAUACUAUUACUUUUUCUUUUUUCCGAUGUCGAACGUCAAUUACGUGUUUACACUUUGUAUGUGUGUAAGUAUUCAUAGGUACAUUGUUUGUCCAUAUUUACUGUUCAUUUAUUGCAUGUAUAUGCAGACAAUUGUGUAUAUUAUGAUAUGUUCCGUUUAUUAUGUCACACUAUGAUUUGUAACCCCCGGUCCCCAUCAGUUGUGUAUACUAUGAGGUCCCCAUCAGUUGUGUAUGCUAUGAUAUGUUCCGUUCAUUACGUCACUGUAUAAUUUGUAACCCCCGGUCCCCAUCAGUUGUGUACUAUGAUAUGUUCCGUUCAAUAUGAUAUUGUAUAUAUAGAGUGAUCUUUCACUAAGGCGAUAAAGAAAUAUGAAUG